GGCAAACGAUCUAAAUAGCCUUCCAAAUGUGCUAGCCUAGGUACUGAACCUGCACAUAAUUUUCAUCAAGAUGCUAAUUUUAAUAUUUCCUGGUGGUUUACAUUCCCAUGUAAAAUAAAUCAGUCUGGGAGCCUGGGGGAGGGUAGGCACCUGGCACGUGUGUGGGGAGAGUGUCCUGGUGGCAGUGCAGCACCCAGCUGAAAUAGCCACUGUGGAUGUUUGUCAGAGCCCCUCAGAGGGAACGGAGAAUGGCUUAUUUCUGUACUCUGCCUGAAAUGUGUCCAUCGAACUGCUGCUGUGACUGUGGGUGGCACGGCAGAGAGUAUACAGGGGGACAGAAGGGUUUGUGGUGUUUCCAUUUUUCCUGCCUCCUUGGAUCCAAAAGGGAAGCGGGACGGAAGUUGAAACCUGUUGUCAGUCACUUAUUGUCAGGGGAGAGUUUAUGGUCUUUGGGUUUCUAAUUAGACUGAGGAUUUUUCCUUCUACUAAUUAAGAUGCAAUUCCUCUCUUUACAACACUCCCACUCAGUCUCCCUCGCCUCAGGUCCUUCCUUCUCCUUCUCCUCCGAGGCUCGCUUGCUCUUCAGCUCCUGCAGCUGCUGCAGUGGGAAAUCCCCAAGCUGAAGCUGAGCUGCUCUAGCCACCACAUCCAUUUUACCUUAAAACAGACAGGAAGUUGGACGUGGUAGGCAGGCUACAAGGUCAUUCCUUCUCCCUUUGGGGCCGUGUGCCAGGCUGGCUGUUGGAUGUGAGGACACGCUGGAGAAGACCACGAUGCUGCCUACAAGUGCUGGCCACCGGUGGAGGAGCAGGUUCCUCAUGAGGUGGCAAGAGGCCUGUCUACUUGGCUGCUGGCUCUCACUAUGUGCUGCUGAAUCCUUCUUCGCUUGUCCUUCCUCCUGCAAGUGUAACAGUGGCAACCUGGAAGUGGACUGUAGUGGCCUGGGCCUCUCUUCCAUUCCCUCAGACAUCCCCACAAACACCAGGACCUUCCUCUUUCUCAACAACAAACUCAGCAUCCUGCCAGGAGCAGUGUUUUCCAACCUCUCUGCUCUACAGAGGCUGGAUCUAUCCAACAACUUCCUGGACCAGCUCCCUCAGAACAUCUUCAGUGACCUGGGAAACCUCACAGAGCUCCAGCUGAGGAACAACAGCAUCCGGGCCUUGGACAAAGACCUGCUCCAGCACACGGCCCUGCUGCGCCAGCUGGACCUCUCCAUCAACGGCCUGGCCCAGAUUCCUUCGGGCAUCUUCGAUGACCUGCCUGCUCUCCGCUCCCUCUCGCUCAGGUCCAAUCGCCUGCAGAGCCUGGACAGGGUGACCUUUGAGCCUCUGACCAGCCUGCAGCAACUCCAGGUUGGGGAUAACCCCUGGGAAUGCGACUGCAACCUCCGAGACUUCAAGCACUGGAUGGAGUGGUUCUCCUACCGAGGUGGGAAAAUCGACCAGUUGGCCUGCACCUUGCCCAAGGAGCUGAAAGGAAAGGACAUGCGAAUGGUGCCCAUGGAGAUGUUCAACUACUGCUCCCAGCUGGAUGACGAGAACAGCUCUACAGUGCUGGAAAAUACUGGCCCACCUUGCACUAAAGGAAGCCCUGCUCCUUCCAAAUCUAAAUCAGGACCAGAAACAGAAGUGGAGCCCAGUGUGGGAUGCCCUCAGAAACAGCGGUACAGGCCUGUGAGCGUGCGCCGGGCUAUUGGCACUGUGAUCAUUGCAGGCGUGGUUUGUGGCAUCGUUUGCAUCAUGAUGGUGGUGGCAGCUGCCUACGGCUGCAUCUAUGCUUCCCUCAUGGCCAAGUACCACCGGGAGCUGAAGAAGAGGCAGCCACUCAUGGGUGACACAGAAGGUGAACACGAAGAACAAAAACAAAUCUCUUCUGUGGCGUGAAACUGUUCUAGGAAGGAAGGGACAGCGAUGAAAAAAGGUACCUGAGAGCAGUCAAGCAUGGGGUCCUCCCAAAAUACAUCUUCCCAGACAGACUGUGCUAUUGCUCCACUCACCCAAGUAGUACAACAUGCUUCUGGGGGUCAGGGCACCUGGCUCAAUUUCUUUUCCUCUGCCCCAGGCCCAUUUUGUGCCCUUUCACCCUUGGGCCCUCCGAGACAAAUAAAGUAGAGUCAGACCUCGA